UCACUAUCGAUCACUCGGGAAAAGUCUGGAGGGCGGAGGGGGAAGGAUAGAUUUCCGUACGGAGGACGAUCGCGUAGUGUGUGUGCGUGCAUGCGUGCGUGCGUGUGUGCGUGCGUGCAUAUGGUGUGGUCGGAGCACGGAUUGAUUUUCGCCUCGCCUCGCGCUCGCGCUCGCGCUCUCUCACGGAGUGACCGUUUUGUGAAAAGAAGAGCACUAAAACUGCGUGUUGAAUUCCAGAAAUCCAAACACACACACACACACACUUUCUCUUUUUCACCUCCAGGACUCAGAUCUCUACUUCGAUUGUUUGCUCGUUGUGUUUUCGGGGCGCGGAUGGUGAGAAGCUGCGAUUGAAUGCCUUGUGCAUGGAGGAGUGAAGUUGGAGGAAAAAGAAGAAGAAGAAGAAGAAGAAGAGGAGGAGGAGGACGGGGAAAGCGGAGCUCCGGUUGUUGACUCGUUUGCGUGACGCGCGGAGUCUCCGGGUCGCUCCCCAUCGCGCGCUGGAUGGAUGGGCAUGGGGCAAACGGGAUCUUACUACCGCGGGGCUGAGCGCCUUCUCACCGCCUCUCUGCUGCUUCUCAUCACCCUCUCACUCCUGCUCCAGACUGGUGAAAGUCAGGUCCAGACUCCGCAGUGCCGUAUCCAGAAGUGCACCACAGACUUCGUCUCGCUCACGUCUCACCUGAACCCGUCUCUGGAUGGCUUCGACACUGAGUUUUGCAAGGCGCUUCGGGCCUACUCGGGUUGUACACACCGCACCGCCAAAAGCUGCAGGGGCAACCUGGUUUUCCACUCGGCCAUGCUGGGCAUUAGUGACCUCAUGAGCCAGAGGAACUGCUCCAAAGACGGACCAACGUCCUCCACACACCCGGCCGUUUCUAUCGAGCCCUGCAACUACCACAGCCGCUUCCAUCAUCAUCAAGCUGCACCAACCGCCACAGGCACAGGAGUCCCCGGUGCACCGGAGCACGCACGGCCCAACUACCUGUUCUGUGGCCUGUUUGGAGACCCGCACCUUCGGACUUUUAAGGACCAGUUUCAGACGUGCAAAGUGGAGGGGGCGUGGCCUCUUAUUGAUAAUAAUUACCUGUCAGUGCAGGUAACGAAUGUGCCAGUGGUGCAGGGAUCAAGUGCCACAGCAACAAACAAGAUCACUGUCAUCUUCAAACCGUAUCAGGAGUGCACAGAGCAGAAGGUGUACCAGGCGGUGACGGAUGACCUGCCAGCGGCGUUUGUGGACGGCACUGUUGUAGGUGGCACUAGUGAGAUGCGCAGCCUUGUGGUGCUGGAAAAGCUGGCGGGUCGCCAUGUGGAGCUGCACGCUGCCUACAUCGGUGUUACGGUGGUGGUGCGCCAGCUGGGCCGUUACCUUACGCUGGCCGUACGCAUGCCCCACGAGCUUGCUAUGGCCUAUGAUGACACUCAGGACCUACAGCUAUGCGUGAACGGCUGCCCCGCCUCAGAACGCAUCGAGCUGCCUGCUCUCGGCCUCCAGCAUGGCAGCACUCCCGCUCUCCCUCCUCUCUCUACUCCUCAGCAGGCCUUCAGUCUCGAGAGCGCCUCCAGGAAGUGCAGUGAGCAGCUGCAGGUCCAGGACAUCUAUUUCCACUCAUGCGUCUUUGACCUGCUCACCACCGGCGACGCCAACUUCACCGCCGCCGCCUACAGCGCCCUCAAGGACGUGGAAGCGCUGCACCCCGAGAGGGAGCGCUGGCACAUUUUCCCUCGUUCCACAGCGGGUUUAAGACUGACAGCAGCCCUGAAUGCACUUCUCGUUUGCUUAUUCGCCGCUGCACUUUUGUAAACAGCGUGGCCAGGACUGACUCGACUUUCGUAAUAAAAUUCACGGAAGCACGAGGAGACUUUGUAAACAAUCAGAGCAUUACUUGUAUAUAUUGUGUAGACGGAGGAGACAGGAGACGCUCCUUUGUAUGACUGUAAAUUUGUGUACAUGCCAUUUUCAGGAGAGCUGUGGUGCUCGGUGAAUUUUUUUAUGUGUGUCAAAUUUUUUGUGACUUUUGUUUUGGUGUCGUCCUUGCGAGAGGAAGUCUGAAUGGAAGCACUUUAUUUUUUAUUUCGUUGCGACUACAGAACAGUGUUCCACAGAACCGCAGAGCUCAAUAGUCUUGGGUAGCUUGUCUUUUUAAUACCCGCAGGCGCGUUUUCAUGCUCUUUACUUGUGUCUGUAUGUAGAUAGGACAUGUCUGACCAUGGUACUCCACAGAACAAGUGAACGGUUGGUUAUUUCAAGAGUGCAGUUAUUAGUACAGUAGUGAAUAGUAACGUGGCUAGAUUUCCAAGGAUCACGGUCGUAACACGUCCACAAUAUCGGUCUAGAUAUCAUUUCUUGUUUGUAGUCUAGAGCUCAAUAUUGUCGUUGGACUUUUGUGUAAGUGUUGAGUAAAAUAUGAAGUAUUCAAACCAACACAGCAGACAUGGGUUGAAGUAAAACAGGGAUCUUAUAAGGAACUGUUCAGUGGUCUGUUCUCCAUCCGGCAGACCAAAUUUCAUUUCGUUUGCAUUUAAUUCAGUCCUGCAUUUCAUCAGUAACAAUCAGAAUGUCUUCGUAUCCGGCGUGACUAAAUAUAGAUGGCGAAACAUUUCAUAGAUGGACGCGUAUUUCAUAAAUUCAGUCUGAUUUGAUUUAUCUUUUCCUCUCAGUGCAGUAAUGGUUGGGAAUUAAACAUGCUGAAGAAACUAGAUAAACUGAGUCACGUUUUUGAUUCCAUGUGAUUAGAUGGAACUGAACUGAAGCUUUUCCUUCAGCCACUCUUAGCUCAUGACCUUUUCUUUAGUGUCUUAAUUGCCAAACAAGGUAGACCAUCAAUUACAGCAAAUCUAUUGUUCAGUAUAAUGUUCUCCAACCAAAGAUUUUGUGUCAUUCUGCUAUUCUUCAUACGAAGUAAUGAAUUUUGCCAUAAAGUAUAGUCACUGUGACAUUACAGUAUGCUUUGCGUACUGAUGUCAUGCAGGAACACAACUGGUGUAAAACCUUCUUUGCCAGGAUUUAUAGGCGAGCAUCUAAGAAAGCAGGCUUUUUUUUCUCCCCGGAAGAUGCUUUUUUGGUCUCUUUUUAACAAAGCUUAAGGUUUUUUUCUGUAACAAAGCUCACUCUGCUUAGGAUUUACAUUUAACUGACUAUGCCAGCAAUACUUAUUCUUUAUGCUGAAUGCCUUACAGCGCAUCCUAAAUGAAUCAACACUCCCAUCCUAAAAAAGACUUGCUACUGUAGACUCACAAUUGUACAUUCGUUUGUUUGCAACUACUGCCAGUGCUGAUGAGCUGCUAACAUACUGUGACUAGAUUUUAUUUGGAACACUGGGAUUUUCUGUGAUUGGCCAAAUCCUUGAUGAUUAUUGAUUGGCCAAAUCCUAGAUAGGCUUUAUUUUGCCAUAUAAUAGAAAAGACCAGAGCAAAGCAUCUGAGUGCAAUUAACUGCAAAGAUAAGCCUUCAUCCUGUGUUUUUGCUUUGUUGCGUUUGAUCUUGUGAUUUUUUUUUUUUGAGUGAAAUCUGUUUUUGUGAAGAGUGACUGCUCAAUGUUUAUACUUAAAUUAUUUAUGAAAUAUAGUGUAUUGUUAGAGAAGGUCCAUAUUCUUGCUGUUUGGAGGGAAAAAAAAGAAAAAAAAACAUUUCAGACGUGAUUGUACUGCCACCUAGUGGACCACCGUUGUUACAUCAGUGUUUUAGUAAUGUUCUGGAUGCGUUGACUGAAAACAAGGAGAAAAAAAAUGUGUUUUAUUUAAAAACAUUAAAAGAAAAUACAUACAUUGUA